AUUUCCCUUUUAGCACCCACCGCAACCCCACUUCACCGGCAAGGACACAGCUUGACAGCACAUCAAUGGCGGAAAUCCCUACCGACAUAUUCGACAUCAUCAUCAUCGGCGCCGGCAUAAUGGGCAGCUGUGCCGCCUACGAAGUCGCUAAACUCAAUAAAAAGGUCCUCCUCCUCGAACAAUUCGACCUCCUCCACUUCCUCGGCUCCUCCCAUGGCGAAUCUCGCACCAUCCGAGCCACUUACCCCGAACCCUACUACCCUCCAAUGGUUAUCGAAUCCGCUGUCCUCUGGGAAGCCGCCCAAUCCGCCGCCGGCUACCGCGUCCUCACCCCCACCACCCAACUCGAUCUCGGUCCCUCCCACUGCCUCAGCCUCCAAUCCGCUAUCCGAAAUUGCUCCCCGGAUUCCCUCCCCGCCACCAUUUACGACUCCAAUCCCACCGAAAUCACCGGCGCUUUCCAUCUCCCCGAUGGCUGGAUCGCUCUCUCCACCCCCCUCGGGGGCAUCAUCAAGCCCACCAAAGCCGUCGCCAUGUUCCAAUCCCUGGCCCUCCGCCUCGGCACCGUUAUCAGGGACCGCGCCGUUGUCGUCGCCAUUGACCGAAUCGCCGACGUUGGGAUCCGCGUCUCCACCACCGAUGGCCGGAUCUUUCACGGCGCCAAGGUUGUGGUCACGGCUGGCGCCUGGACACACAAAUUAGUUAAAAUGGUUACAGGGCGGGAUCUCCCUAUUCAGCCCCUGCAUACUUUGAUUUGGUAUUGGAAGAUUAAAGAAGGAUUCGAAUCGGAAAUGUCGCCGGCGGCAGGGUUUCCGACUUUCGCCAGCUACGGCUUGCCGUAUGUGUAUGGAACGCCGGCGAUGGAGUUUCCGGGACUGAUUAAGGUGGCAUUGCAUGCCGGCUGGCCCUGUGAUCCCGAUUCCAGGGACUGGACUAUGGAUGGUGAUGGAAUGGUUGGGCGGGUCGCGGAAUGGAUUGAACGACUCAUGCCGGGCCGGAUUGAGACAGCCAGCGGGCCGGUGAUAAAACAGACUUGCAUGUAUUCAAUGACGCCGGAUGAAGACUUCGUUAUUGAUUUUUUGGGUGGGGAGUUUGGGAAGGAUGUGGUGGUUGCGGGCGGGUUUUCGGGUCAUGGGUUUAAGAUGGGGCCGUUGGUGGGGAAGAUGGUGGCGGAAAUGGUGUUUGACGGCGAGGUACGGACGGCGGCGAGGAUAGGGUUGGACAUGAGGGUUUUUGGGUUGGGGAGGUUUGAGGGGGGGAAGCAGGGCAACGUGAAGGAGUUCGGGGAGCAAGUGGAAUCACAUGUCGGUCAAUCGUAAUUUUUUGGUUGAUUUUUUUUUUCCAAUUAAAUUUUA